UUUCUUCCGUCGCCGACCAGGUGAAGAUUGCUGCUCUCGCCGUCAAAUUCAGAAGUAUCAAGUAGUAUGAAGAUUGCUGCGGACGGAAAUCAAUUCAAAUGUAUCAACUAGUAUCAAGGUAGGUGCUCCCGGAAAUCAAUCUGAAGUCAGGCAAAUCGCUCAAACCGAGCGGUGUCAGGCACCAAUAGCGGCGAGACACUGUCGUCCUGCUUGUGCUCUGCUUCGCACCAACAGCAGCGACGACAGGAACAAGCCGCGGGAAAAGAAGACCCGCCAAUCCGUUGGGACGACGCGGCGGCCACCGAUGACGACAGGAACAGGCAACCGCGUCCUGCUCUCUGUUUAUGUUGCUCCGCUGGCUACUAGCCUGCCGCCUGCUGCUAGAUCGCCUCCAAGCUGUUGCUGCACGCCAUGGGAGAGGAUAGACGACUGGGACGCGAGGUACAGCCGCCGCCGGAGAGCGAGAGAAGUGUUUUGGGCGGCGGCGGCUCAGAUAGAGAGAGGGCUGACGGGGAGAGGCACGCGAGAGAGGUGGUUCCGCGUGGUCCGCUCGUUUUCGAGGAACGCCUCGGUUCGGCAUAAUCAGCGAAUAUGCUGUUUCAUAUUCCGAUUCCUUCGACUAACUAAACACGGGAUGGAACCGACCCAUUACAUUCCAUCCGAUGACAGAAACCAAACACACUCUUAGAGGAGUGCUGAGAGAGCCUGGGACUGAGAAAGCGCAGAGCUUCUCCGCUCUGCUCCUCGCGCAGACUUCACCGGCAAGGGCAAAGGGCAAUCAAGAUCUGCGGCAACAGUUUCUACAUGAAGACAGAUCCACACGUGCCGGCGGAGAGCACCGGGGGACAAGCAGUGGCGGUGAAGAAGAAGAAGCAAGGUCGCAAGCGCAAGCCGCGGUCCGACGUGUGGGAGCACUUCGAACCUUUCACGAAUUCCGACGGGGAGGAGAGAGCGAGGUGCAGAAGGUGCGGUCUCGACCUCGCCGCCGACACCAGCAGGAACGGCACCAGUCGUCUCCGCCGGCACGCCCAAGGCAGCUGCCCAGGAUCACCACCACCACCACCACCACCAAAGCCUCUAGCUGCCGCCGUACAAUCACAGUCACUCGACUGCAGUAGUAAGCCUGCUGACAGCAAUUGGAAGGAGGCCACUGCCGAUCUGGCCAGAAUGAUAGCGUCGCACUCGUACGACCCAUCCUUUGUCGAGGACAGCAGCUUCAGGAGCUUCGUGUGCCGGCUGAACCCGGGCUUCGAGGUGCCCUCGCGGGACGCCAUCCAGCUGAGCUGCGACGGUAUUUUCGAGGAAACGAUGAGGGUCCUGGAGUCUGAGCUCGAGCGCACCUCCGGACAAGUCAACCUAGCACUAGACGCAGCCGAGACCGCUCAGGGGACGGUCCUGUACGUCGCCUGCCACUUCAUCGACGAAGGCUGGCAUCACCGCCAGAUGAUCAUCGACGCUUAUUUGGUCGCGCCGGAGUACAUGAGCCGCAUGCCGCUGCUGGGCACCGGCGGGGUUGUCCUACACGGCACAGACCGUUACAACGUGCUCGUCGAGAGGAUAUCCAGCCACUCUGUUCUGCACAGGCUGUUCAGCAUCACCGUCGGACGGAUCGGCGGCCUCAGGCCCUACCUACAGAAGGCGAGCUUCCAGGCCGUCUGCGGCGGCGUGAGCUGCUGCUGCGGCGACACCUACGCGGACACUCUGCUUUGCUCCGUCGCCGAAGACCUCUGCGACAACCUACGAUCACAUCCCUUCGCCAGCGACGCAGAGGAGACGGUCGAGGGGGAGCCCGGGCUCGAGUUCGAAGAGCUCCGCUCGCAGCUUGAUUUCGACUGCCGUCUGCCGUACCACAAGAAGUGGUACUCGUGCUACUCUUCGCUGCAGGUUUUCCAAAAGUAUUCUUCCUCGGAGUUCGACAAACUGCUGUGCAGGCUUUGGAGGGGAAUAGAUCGCGCCACCAAAACAAUCUCGGACCUCAAACAUCGUCCUUCUUGAGUUGUUCAAGGUGAGGGAGACCCUGCAGGCUGAAAUCGAUCGAGCCAGCAGAGAACAUCUCUACGGGGGCAGCAAUUGCUUUGUCAGCGAUGUUGCGGCAGUUCUUGGAAGAGCAAAGGGAAAUUUAGACCUGGGAAUACGGAACUCGUACCUCAAAUGGUCGAUCCCGUUUGCGCUAGACCCCCGAUACAAGCUCAAGUUCGUCGCCUUCAUUUUCAACAGGGCCUUCGGCUUCGGCUCCUCGGGCGAAGAGUACGUCUGCAGGGUGAGAGAAGAAAUGGGUCGUCUGUUUGCCUCUUUUAGUAAAGACGGUGGAAAUCCAAAUCGUGCCACGGAGGAGACUGCCGGCAGUGCUCAUGAGUUGGAACAGGCAUGGGAUGCGUACUGCCGUUCAGAGGUAGUAACUAAAACAGAGCUUGAUCGUUACCUGGAAGAUCCCCCGGUCCAAGGCGCAAGAGGUUUCGACGUUCUGAGCUGGUGGAAGGCCAGCGUAUCGAAUUACCCGACACUGGCUAGGAUGGCAAGGGCUGCGCUGGCCAUUCCCGCGUGCCGCAAGCUAUCUCCUGAACAAAUGUCCCUGAUUGGGAACAAGGUUCGUGGCUAUUCCAAAUAGACGAUGAGAAUACCCUGGAGGUGCAUAUAUAUGGUGUGUUGGAUGGCGGCGGCGAAGUGCUGUAGCUGACGGACCCUUGAAGCCACAUGGAGUCAGGAAUAUCUCGUUCUUGGAAAAUUGUUUCAUCGGAGUUGGCAACUGCAAGUCUGCAACAUCAGAUGAUACACGGAAGGAGGAAGAAAGAAGGCCACGAUGUCUGGUGCUUCCCUGUGAUCCCUUGGGCCCAUGGUGCAGUUCCUGACGUGAUUGCGGCCACACCGGACUUCAGCUCUGUGUUCCACGUCGUGGUUCCCGGCGGCGCUCGGGCCUGGCUCGACUGUCCGCUCGUCGCGCCGUGGAAUGUUGAGUUCACGGACGGCAAAGAUUUUCUCUGCAUUUGUGGCACCAACAGUGGUCUCCGAAUUACGACUCCUACAUGUGUGGAUGUAUCUUGUCCUUAAAAGGUCACUAAUCAAGCUCUUGACAUAACAUUUCCUGCUAAUCUUGGUCUUUCUGUGUUCAUCUCUUCCAAGCUGUUAGUGCUGAUAAUCCAAAUAUUGUAUACUCUCCAACAGUCCUUGAACGGUGGACCGAACUUCUAACCGGGACUGCAUCUUUCGAAGAACCUUUUAAAACUUUCCUCCGUCUCGUGCAUAAGGCAUGCACGUCGUUCUAGAUCAUUAAAUUAACUAACUAAAUAUGUAUUAUAUGUAAUAAAAAAUAUAUUUAGAAACUUCAUU